AUGUCAAGGAGGAAGUUGGGGUAGAAGGGGAAAAUGCAAGCUACUGGGGAGCCUGCCUAAGGAACAGCAGCUGAGGUUAAAAUUGUUGAAAUAAUCCUGAUUCACUUCCACAAUGGCUACUGUUCAGCUCUCCCACUCCAUCAGAACACCCAAGGCAUCUAAGGAGACAGUUUUCCCAUCCCGAGUUACUAAUGAGCGUGAGUCACUGAUGGUGGUGAAGAAACUUUUUGUUACUUCUAUCUCAUGUAUAACAUAUUUGAGGGGCUUGUUUCCAGAGAGCGCUUAUGGAGAUCGUCAUUUGGAUGACUUGAAUUUAAAAAUUCUCCGAGAAGACAAAAGAUGUCCUGGAUCAGUGCAUAUUAUCAAAUGGAUUCAAGGUUGUUUUGAUGCUUUGGAAAAGAGAUACCUGCACGUGGCAGUACUUACACUUUACACAAACCCCAAGGAGCCUGAGAAAGUGACUGAGAUAUAUCAGUUCAAAUUCAAAUACACAACAAAAGGAGCCACUAUGGAUUUUAACAGCAGUAGUACAAGCUUUGCAAGUGGGGCAAUCUCUAAAGAUAUUAAAAAAGCCAGUGUUCUACUGAUCCGUCGACUGUAUGUACUGGUGCAGAACCUUGGACCCCUUCCUAAUGAUGUUAUGCUUACUAUGACACUCCACUACUACAAUGCAGUGACCCCACAUGAUUACCAACCUCCUGGUUUUAAGGAAGGGAUGAGCUCACACUUUCUACUAUUUGAUGGGGAGCCUAUGGGCCUGCAAAUGGGACUGGUCUCCACUGGCUUUCAUAAUAUGAAAGUCAAAGUCACCACCGAGGCUACCAGAGUGCCUGACAUGGAGGACAAUCUCUUUCAGGAGCACCAUGCUACUGAGAUUGCCCAUCAGGGUCUAGACUGUGACGAGGAAGAAGAGGACUGCAACAAUCAAAUUCAAAGGAUGAAUUUUAUAUACAAUGAGUCAAGUUUUGAAAGCGCCAAGAAGAGGAGGAAGGUCAGCGAGCCAGUGAAAGUCUUCAUCCAUAACGGAAAAUGAAAGUCAAAUGACUUUACUACAUCUAUUUUAAAUUAAUUUCAUUUUGAGAAAACAUGUAAGAAAUGUCAUAGUGUUAAAGUAGCUUCUUAUCCCCAAAAUUAUUUCCUAAAGUUGUUGCUCAACUCUUAGUGAAUUCAUUAAUAGUCAAUUCACUAAGCUAUUGAGUAGGGUAAGGGUUCACUUUGCUGAAAGGAAACAAGGUUGCCAGGGCUGUCUUGGGAUGCAUUAUUUCAAGGCGGCACUAGCAUGAGACAUCUUCUGUAUUUGCAAAAGAACCACAGCAGCUAUUUUGAAAAGAAGUAAGCUGUUGUUCUUCAAGAAAGAGGGGUUUUCUGUUCAUAAUUAAACUAUCCAGCUAUUUAGGCUACCAUGAAGUGUUUUGGCUUGUUGUAACCUGUGUGCUGGAAUCCCUCUAUAGCUUUAUUAAAAUUCCCACAGAGUUGCAUAGGACGUGUGUGGAGGUGCUCAGCCAGGUGUGAUUGAUGUGUUAACUUCAGUCACGAGGUUGAUCAGCUACGUGUGGGACCAACAUGUGCUUUCCCUGUAAAGUUCCUCAGCUUUGCCUCCGGGUUCUGUUCUGUUGGCCAAUCCCAAACAUGGAACAUGUUGUAAUUUAGGAGCCUGUCUCCCUUUUAAGUCCUUUGUUGAUUAUUUCCCAAUAAAUGCUUUAGUUUA